CUAGCACUAGCUCGAGUCAUCGGAAGAAGGCGGCAGGUGAGAGGAAGUUCCAAUGGAAAACAGGAGAGAGCGAGAGACAGAAAAAAAAGAAACAUAGGAAGCCCUGACCUGUGAAUCAGCUCUCCGCCGAAGAAGCAGAAAGUUCACCCAGUAGGAAAUUCAAUAGAAUGGAAAGAAUCGAUCAAGUAAUGAAAGAGAACAACGUCAGGAGUUCGUUAUUAUGCACGCCAAGUUCCAAAAAAUAAGUAGAACCUUGUCGGCCAUUCACACGUGCCCCUCAAAAGUGAAGGGAGGGGGGGCCUGUGAACGCAGUCGCUGAGAUUUGGAUAUCCGAAUCAGAAGCAAGGGCAACGUUCACGUGUGCAGACUCCACAUUAAAGACGUCCGAUUGUGGCACGGAACGUGAAAGCUUGAAGCAACCGCUAGAAACAUACCGAAACAAGGGGGAGUCGGUGAGCAGUAAAGACAGGACUCUCGCACGACCCACCUCUGGCCACUGUGAGAAAGGGGGAGCCGACGACUGGCUAUCUGGGUAGCACUGGGCGCCGAUCACGAUGUGCGACUCCAGCAGUCGGUCCAUGGAAUUGAAUCCGGAGCAGAUGGACUCGGCUGAAAUCGGAGCAACCCCGGCCUAUUCGAGACCUUUGAGGUCAUCUCAUAAACUGGACAAAGUGAAAACGGAACAGGGAAGCGGGGGGAAAGGCCCCCUUAACACCUUCUUCCAAGUUGAGGAUGGCAUGGCACACUUUGGCCUGGAGGUGGGUAAUGAGAUGAUGCAGGGAGCGGUGGGUGCUGAACCUGUGAAAACUGAAGAGGGAGCUCCUGAGCAGAUGUGUCAAUACAUUAAACAAGAAGAAACCCAAGUGGAAAUGGGAAUGGAGCAAAUACCUAACAUGAGGAGCAAAGAGGUGGAAGUCAUCGAUGCUAAGGAGGAGCCAUCUGACCUGAAACCUGUUGCAAGCCAGAGGUUUGUCGUCAAAUGUGCAGAUGAAUAUACGUUUAUUAUAAAUAAUGUUAAGAAGACUACGCGCUUGAUUCGGUCAUCAAGCCAAAAGGAUGGCAUGAAUGGUAGUCAGAUUAUAGAGGAGGUGGAAUUAGAGAAGGAGAAAGGUGAGGGGUUGUUUCAAAAUGAACCACUUGUCCAUGACAGUGUCUCUCAUACUGUUGGUAAAAAAAGCCGUAAAAAACAGACUCCCACAGGAAACAAAACCUACCAGUGUGCAGAAUGUGGAAACCUUUUCAAGCAUUCCUCCAGCCUUAAACAGCAUGAGAAAUUGCAUCGAGGAGAAAGACCGUUCCAAUGUACAGAAUGUGGGAAAAGCUUUACGAAGAACGUGAAGCUUAAAGAACACCAGAGGAUUCAUACGGGGGAAAAACCUUACCUGUGUAAUGAAUGUGGAAAGACAUUCGGCAAAUCGACGACCCUUAAAGUUCACAAACUAAUACACUCGGGCAUUAAACCACACAAGUGCACCGAGUGUGGACUGACUUUCAGUAGGACCACCAUCCUUAAGGAACACCAGAGGAUUCACAGGGGAGAAAAAAGCUUCCAGUGUAAAGAGUGCGGAAAGACCUUCCGCCAGAGUGCCACACUUAGGAAUCAUCAGUCGGUACACACCGGAGCAAAGCCGUAUGAGUGUGCAGAGUGUGGUAAGAGAUUCAGCAGAAGUGGACAGUUUAAAAGCCACCAGAGAAUUCAUACCGGAGAGAAACCCUACCACUGUACAGAAUGUGGGAAGACCUUCACGUGGCCUAGGGCAUUCAUACAUCACCAGAGAACUCACACGGGGGAGAAACCAUAUAAAUGUGAUGAAUGUGGGAAAGCUUUCUGCCAGGUUGCAACUCUUAGGAAUCAUCAGACGAUCCACACUGGAGAAAAGCCAUACCAUUGUAAUGAUUGUGGUAAAGCUUUUAGAAACAGUGGGCAGUUGAAAAGUCACCAGAGGGUCCAUACAGGAGUUAAACCAUUCGAGUGCACCGACUGUGGAAAGAGGUUCAGGUACAGUACACAAUUCAGAAACCACCAGAGAAUUCACACUGGUGAUAAACCAUACCCCUGCACUGAUUGUGGGAAGACUUUCAGGAACAGUGGACAGUUUAAAAGCCACCAGAGGAUUCACACUGGGGACAAACCAUACCCGUGUAGCGAAUGUGGAAAAUGUUUCAGUCAGAGCACAAGUCUUAAAUGUCAUCUGAGAAUUCACUUUGGAGAAAAGCCAUACAAGUGUACGAAAUGCGGGAAGGCGUUCUGCCAGAGCAUGGGACUGAAGCGACACCUGAUGACUCACACUGGAGUAAAACCAUUCCAAUGUACAAAGUGUCGAAAGACUUUCUCUGAGAAAAACAGUCUUAAAUUCCACCUGAAAAUUCACACGGGUGAAAAACCAUAUCAAUGUUCACAAUGCGGAAACACGUUUAGAUGGCUGAAAUGUUUCAAACUACACCAGCGGAUUCACACUGGCGAAAAACCAUUCAAAUGUACAGAAUGUGGAAUGGCUUUCGCGUGGGAUAAAGUGCUAAAACUACACCAGAGAAUUCACACAGGAGAAAGUCCGUACCACUGCACUAUAUGCGGAAAGUCUUUUAAAUGGUCAAAAAGCUUUACGAGGCAUCAGAAAAUCCACAAGAUGUGAAAGCUCAGUGAUUGGAAUGAGAGUACAGCCGGGCAUAUACUGUGCGAUUUUGGCACAAUUUGUAGUUGACUGAUGUGAGCAGUUGGCAGACUAGCUUUACGGUACAUUACCGCCACCUACUGAGCUGGAUGGGGAAGACGCAGUGGAAACAACUCUGGCUAUAGCUAAGCUCCUGUCUUAAGCUUCAUCAUAUAAUACAUUUUCCUUUAAAAACAUCCAGACUUUUUUGUCAUUGUUGUGGAUAAAUCUUCAGAAAGUAUGGGCAGAGUCUUCAGAAAGGCAGUCAGAAUUUAGACUUCAUUGCACAGCAUAGAAAACAAUUGCAGAGCACACAAAGCCUGUCUCAGUUCAUGAAGUGAGCCCAGUGGUCUGGGCGCAGUUCGUUUUUAUUUCAGUUCUAAUCACAAAACAUCCCCAUUUCGUACAUAAUUCUCGUCAUUCACUUUACAUGUUAUCUUCAUAAUAAUGACCUCAUACUGUGCCUGCUUUUAAUAAUAAUUACCUCGUAUUUUACACUUCUUUCCCCUAAUAAUAAUCAAUCUUUUCAUAACAAUCAUUAGGACUUGAAGGUCGUACUUGCCGCCUGGCCCGGAGGUGACCAUCAUCUGAUCACGUUUUACAUUCUUCACAUUCCCAAUCUUGAGCUAAUAAAAAUUGGAGGCCUUUUUGUUGAUCAGACCCCAUCAUUAAGUUGGAACCAAGAUGACCCACAUAUGAAAAACUGAACUGUUCAAUUAAUAAUUGCUUGUUGCACCAGCAUCUAGUAAGAUUAAAAUCAUAGGCAGCUUUACUGAUAAGAGCUAAGCUACUGCAGCUGGAAGCAGGCAAGUGGCCUUGAGUCAGCAAUCACAGUGCUAAAGCCUUUUUAAUCAACCCUUCAAUUUUAAUAUUGCUCAAAGCCAGCUGAUAUAGUAAGUUUACCUUACCAUGAUUAAUUAAGAUAUUGAUUCAUGAGGAAGCAUUGCCAUAGCAACUUAAAUGCUAACUAGAAUGUAUGCGUCUUUUAUGGUAUUCUAACAAACUGUUCAAUCAACUCUUAUUCUACCCCGCCUCCUCAUAUGCUUUACUCCACAGUAAUAUUUGUUCUAAGAUCUCCUGGAGCAGGCACUAUCUGCAUUUCCCUGCAGUAUUCUUGCCGAUUCUAAACAAAGCAUGAUUUAAACUAAUAUGGCCAAUCAAGCCAUAUUAGUUGAAAACGUCUAACCGCCUCCCUCCUAUGCAGCAGAGGAUAAUUGCAGACCUCAGUACCUAUGAGAUCAGUCACAUAACGCCCAUUGCAUUAAACUAUGGUUAAGUUUAGGGUUGUGAGAACAGUUUUCUGACUCAAAGGGCAUUUCACGACUGACAUUAUGGGCAUUACCUGACCUGACCUGACCCUCCUAUGCCUUUAAUCCAUCUUUUAAAGUCUGUGUUCCAGUGAAUUCAGAAUUGACAUAAGAGCAAGUGGGAAACCAGCUUACAGGGUGGGUGCAUCACUCACUCAGAGUGUGUGUAUGUAUAUAUACAUAUAUAUGCAUGUUAAUAUACAUGUGUGUAAUGUAACCCUAAUACAUUGUAAGAGGUA